CAAGGUUGUUGCUAAAUAUAAGAAACACGUAUGUAGGCAUGUAUUCUAAACUCAGAAAUCAUACUGGAAAAUAAGCUUGAAAUUCUGGUUACAACUUGGAUAGAACUUUCAAAAACUGAUCAAUUUGUUGUAAGCUAGAUCAUGCCUGUAGCGGGAGGAGGAGGCACAGAUUCUUUGACGUCAUCAUCAGAAGACUCGAUGGCCGAGAAAGGACAGAGAGAUCGAACACCUGAUUGUGCGGGCAAGGAUAAAACACUGGAAAAUGGCGAUAAAGACGACUCUUCCAAUCAGGAUACCUGUGAAAAAACCACGAAAAUCCGGACCGACGGGAAACCAGAUGAUAGAGACUAUCAGUACCAAGAACUUUUAAGUUUUCUGUAUGAUUCCCUAAAAACGGAACAUCCCGAGCUCUGGGAACAGCAGACGACCAAAAUCCGGAUCCCGGCAGUGUACUGCGUCAGAAAGGGGAGGAAAACGGUCUUGUUAAACUUCAUAGACAUCUGUAAAGCUGGAUCAAUCGACAUCAGAAACAGGGUUUGUUUGAAAGGCAAUUUUAAACCAGCUGGACUACAGACAAUCAUUUCAAAAUAUGUCAAAGAGUACGUUAUGUGUGCAUCAUGUAAAUCAUUUCACACACUUCUGAUUCGGGAAACACUUCUUCUCUUUCUUCACUGUGAGGGGUGCGGAUCUAGACGGGUGGUGGACGCUGUCAAGUUUGGCUUCCGGGCGAUUACCUCUAGGAUUAGUCACCGAUAGAAAAUCGAACUGAAUUUAUUGUUAUUUUCAUGUAACGGUAUUCACAUUCACUUCACUCUCACUAAGACUCUAAGGCUGAUGUCUCAUAAACUUUUUCAACUUUUGAAAUAGCUAUAGGUGAAUCACUGUAUAUCAUCACAUGCUUGAACUAACGAGUGCAACACAGGUUUAUUAUUAAUAUACAAAUUGUGUUAUUUGGCAGUUCAUUGAUUUGCUGUAAACAUGCUGCAUUUGAUUGAUGCAAUGUUAUAAAACAGUUCAAGAAUUCACAAUUUUGGGUCAGUUAUAUUAGACGCAAAGAUAUGUUUAAAAAUCAUAUAUUUUAAACUUUUGAUGCUAGAUUUAUAGAUACAUGUAUAAGAUAUAUCCCUAUUGAUGAAAAAUACUCGACAGCUUUUGUAUUUGCAGUGUAGAGCCCAAGAGCCUCCAACAACCAAUUAGCUUAAAGUACCAAUGCAGAGACUUGUACUGAGGGGAAAUUCUGUCAAAUUUUCGUUAUCACUUAUGACACAUAUGCCCAAACAUUGAAUAAUGUGGAAUCUUUAAAAAUUACAAUGAUAUAAACGGAGCAUUACAUAUUUUGAUUCACAUUAUGCCAGUAGAGGUAGACUGUUGUACAUAGAAUCGUUGGAGGAUUACAGUGAUCCUCUAGCAAGUCCCUGAAUUUAGAAAAAUAUGUCGCAAUAGUCAACACUCAUUUAUUCGAUCAAUUGUCGCAGACAAAGAGUGGAAAUGUACUAGUCUGUCCAAAUGUAAACAUACACAGGAAAAAGGCAUCAAUGAAAAAAUUAAAUCACAUCUAGGCUAUUGUGAUGUACUUUGACAGUUAUCAGUUUAGAGCCACCAUGAUCGGACUCUAAAAAUAUUUUCUUUUUUUUUUUAUUGUACAGUGUAUUGUGCUUGUAUAUUCAGAGGUUUUGACAAAACUACCUUGUGUUUUUAUCGAUGAGAUGACAGUCAUUGAAAUUCCAGUACUAUGAGAUUUUUAGCCGAGUUGCAACGAAGUUGAACUCGGCUAUUGGUUUGGUGGGUGGGUUGGCGGGCGGUUGGGCGUCAACAAUUGGUUUCCGGAUGAUAACUCGAAAAGUUUACAAUCUCAUCAAAUGAAACUUUUAUAUAUUGUUGGGUACUAGGUAAGGAAGACCCCUAUUGAUUUUGGAGAAAAAUGGUCAAAGGUCAAGGUCACAGUGACCGAAAAUAGAAUGAAAAUUUCAGACAAAUUUGGUUUCCGGAUGAUAACUCUGAAAGUUUAAAUUAGAAUCAAAUGAAACUUUGAUAUAUUGUUGGGUACUAGGUAAGAAAGACCCCUAUUGAUUUUGGAGAACAAAGGUCAAGGUCACAGUGACCGAAUAUAGAAUGAAAAUUUCAAAAAUAUUUGGUUUCCGAAUAACUCAGAAAGUUUAAAUCCAAAUCAAAUGAUACUUAACGAUAUUGUUAUGUACCAGGUAAGGAAGACCCCUAUUGAUGUUGGAGAAAAUAGGUCAAAGGUCAAGGUCACAGUGACCGAAAAUAGAUUUAAAAUUCCAAAAAAAUUUGGUUUCCGAAGGAUAACUCGAAAUUUUUUAAUUUGAAUCAAAUGAAACUUGGAUAUAUUGUUGGAUACCAACAAAGCAAGGCCCCUGUUGAUUUUGGAGAGAAAAGGUCAAAGGUCAAGGUCACAGUGACCGAAAAUAGAUUGAAAACUUCAGACAAAUAUGGUUUCUGGACAGUAACUCGAAAAGUUUAAAAUUGAAAUUAGUUAUUCACAAUUAUAAAUAUGCCACAUCAUUCCUGACUUUACAAUGUAUCCCAUGCUACUUGGCUUAUGCACCCCUGGGUGCAUAUAUUGAUUUUAUUCAGUUAAAGACAUAAUAAAUUACUGACAAUUAUGUAGUUUUAGCUCACUUGAACCAUUCAUUCACAUAAUAGACACAACAAACAGGAAAGUUAACAGAUUCAGAUUAUUGGACAGAAAUAUGUUUUACCUUUCAACAAAAUAGUGAUGACAAAAUAGACAAAAAGAAUUUUAUCUG